GGUAGUACAAGAACUGAAAAAUAAUUUUUGGUUGCCAGUAUACCUGUAGUCGUUGCACUGAUCAGUCGAUAGUUUUGUGAUAAAUUAUUUCUCAAGUGAAUUAAAUUAUUAACCAUGGGACGUGAUUCUAGAAAGGUUUCAAGAGAACUUCGGAGUUCUGAAAAAAUUAAUAAGUCGCGUUCAGUCAAAAGAAAGAAUGUUUUUAAUCCGAAAACAGCCGAACGUGAUGAAAGUAUUCAGAGUACAUCUUCUAAAAAAUUAAAACAAAACACUGAAGAUGAUGUACCUGAAGACAGCAGUACUGAAUUUCGAAUAAUAAAUUUUAUUCAGGUAUUCACUGCAAUUUCUGCUCUUAUAAAAUGUAAAAAAUGUGAUGGAAAUGUAGUGUUUCAAACAGCAAGUACACGUGGGCUGGGAUUCAAAAUUGUAGUUGCAUGUAAUAACUGUGGAAAUGAAUAUAUUCCUUCCUGUUGAAAAUAUGAAAUCUGCUAUAAUGGCAACCUUUUAUCACUACGGCUCGAGUGAUGAAAAACCGAAUCAUGAUAUGUGUCCAAAAGGCGAAGAAUCUUGGUGCUCUUACCAGCGCGCUGAAGCAAGAGGAGAGCUUGAUACCUAUUCUCACGAUUAUUCUCCCUUACCUUCUGAUGUUUUAAAAGCUAUCAAGCCUAUAUACGAAGAUCUUAGUAAUGAAAAUUUACUUUCAAGAUGUGUAGGUGGAUUCAAUCAGAAUAAUAAUGAAAGCUUUAACCAACUAGUAUGGAAAAUAUGCCCAAAAACGGUAAAUACUAGUUUUACUAUCGUACAAAUAGCUGCAUACGUUGCUAUGUGUAUAUUUAAUGAGGGUAUAAAUUCAUUAUUAGUCUUGAUGAAUACACUAGGACUUAAUUGUGGGCCUAAUUCUCAUCGGUAUGCAGAAAGAAUGGAUGCUGCACGUAUCAAAGUAGCAGAUAAGCGCGCUAAUGAUAACGCCCGAGAAGGUCGAUUGCAACGUAGGCACCAGCAAAUCGAUAUUUUGGAAGCUGCUAUGACGGCUGAAGAGCUAUUAUAUGGUCCAGGAAUAGAUGACUCAGUAUGAAUCUCCAAGGACUUAUGAUGAUCACCGCAAAGGACUUCGGGAGGAACGGGCUCUACAAAAACAGCGAUAACUUUUUGAAUUAUUAAUUUUUUUUUUUGAAAUUUUCGUGAAGUCAAAUCGAAACGUGUUCUAAUAAAGCUAUGUUUUUAUUUUUGUCAAAUAAAGUAAUUAACUACAAAAAAAAAAUUAUUGAAAAUCAUCAUUUUUUCAGGCCUCUGAGUACCCCU